UCGUAUUUCCUCCCAUGUGGACAAGAUCGUUGAAAUGUGCAGUUCUUUGUAAACCUUAACAUAUAUAUAUAUAUUUUUUUUUUUUUGUCCAAAAACCAGGUUCCUGAAAUGCUGCUGUAAUGCUGCCUUGAGAUGAACACAACGGGUGGAUUGAUGAACACCAGCCAGAACGAAUCAGAUGACUGUUACCCAUCAAGUCAGGAGGCAUGGUAUUUGUAGCCCUUCAUCUGGCUGUGAUCGUGAUCGGCACCCCAUCCAACAUCUUCUUCCUGUUUGUGUCGUAUCGGCUCAUCCGUCAGAAGAACGAGCUGGGUGUCUAUCUGUUUAACCUGGCUCUGUCGGACCUCUUGUUUAUCAUGUGCUUACCAGUGUGGGUUCAAUUUAAUCUUUACGAUGUGUGGCCUCUCAGCAAGACGAUGUGUGUCAUUUGUGUUUUCGUGCUCUGGACAAGCUUCUACACCAGUGCUAUGCUUCUGAGCUGCAUUGCUGUGGAUCGCUACUUAGCCAUCGUUUACCCGCUCAGAUUUGCCUCUUUUAGAAAACGCAAAACUGCGGUCAGCAUGAGCAUUGCUGCUUGGAUCUUUACUGUCAUAUUCAACGCAAUCAUUGUGAAUCCGAAAAGUAUCUAUAAUGAGGUGGACUCAAUCUGCUUGGAUAUAUAUCCUUUGCCCCUAGAGCAAAGAUUGGUCAACAUCGCUCGUUUUUUAGUAGGCUUCCUCAUUCCCGCAUUGGUGGUGGGUUUCUGUUAUUGGCGGAUAUGUUCAGCCGUGAGGAGAAACCAAAAACUUGGGUCAAUGGAGCGCCGGCACGUCUUCAGGCUUCUUGGAUGCAUUUUGUUGACCCUUUAUUUGUGUUUCGGACCUGUGCACAUCAUUAUGGUUUUGAGGAUUUUUCUGGAACACUGUCCGUAUCCCAACUGGCUCUUUAUCGCAUAUAAAGUUAGCGUCUUCCUAGAGACGCUUAACUGCCUGGCCGAUCCACUUCUCUACUGCUUCAUGAGCAGAACGGGUCAAGCCAGUGCUUCAAAUGUGUUACUCAUCCUCAGGAGACCGUGGAAGAAAGAGUGUCAAAAAGAGAUGGUACAACAAAACAACCAAUUUCUUGGAACUGGUUCUGUUCCAAUCACAAAAGCAUCUUUUAGGACUGAAUUUAACACUGACUGCUUGUGAUUAGAUCACGUCAUUGUAUGUUGGACUGAAGGAGUGGAAGCUUUAAAAUUUUACAAGCCAUACUUUCAAACACAAACUGUCUGCAUAAGCUCAUCUGUCUAAAACAUCCAGGUCCUACAGUGUUCAAACAAACUCCUCAUUUAUUAAAAAUCCCUGGAGUAAACUAUAUGUAAAAGUUUAAAGGGAAAAGUUGACAGUUAAACACAAAGACUGUUCCAUGAACAGUUUACACUUAUACAUCUCACUUAUAUAUUGCUUUCUUGAGAAAUGAGAUCAGCGUUUCAACAGCAUUUCCUGUUAUAUAGUCGAGAAUAGGCAUCAUAUCAGCUUCAUUUUCACACCAUCUUCCAUAAUGUUUUCCACAAAAUCUGAAAUGUAAUGGUAAAUAUAUAUUGAGUGUGAUAUAUUAUACAAUGCUGGGUCCAACUAUAUAAAAGUGAACGACUGUUCAGUUGGGGGUCAGAAAUAUUAUUCGAUUUUUUACUUUUUUUUUUUUUUUUUUUGCAAAAAUACUGUAACAUUUUUUAUUUUAUUACAAUUAAAAUGACCUUUUCUAUUUUAAUAUAAUUCAAACUCAAUUUGUGAUGCAAGCUGUACAUAUAUGUAUCUUAUAAGCAAUUUAGUGCUAAACAUUACCCCUUACUGACCCUAAACUUGUGAACAGGAAGUGUGUGUGUGUGUGUGUGUCAUUAUAUCUCAUGAAUAUUUUCUGCAAAGAUAUAUUUAACAUGCCAUUUGUUUCUCCUUUACACCUUGUCGACCACUUCAUGUGUGUUGCACACGGAAUAUAACUUUUUAACCAGAUGGUCAAUAAAGAGAAUGCUACUUGAAUCAUGUUGAAGUUACGUUUUUAAUUUGAAUAUGUAAAAAAAAAUCUGAUUUAAAUUCAGUUUGCCAUACAGUAUAUAAUAAUAAUCAAUCCUAAUUAUUAUUAUAUAUUUAUUUUCUCGUAAAAUGCACCUUUUUUUUCCGCUGUGUACAAAGUGAUAUUAUCAAAAAAAAGCAAUGUUUUCCAACCCAAGUAUCUCAGACGCAAAUAGCACAGACAACCACAAACCAACCCACUGAUGAAAACUGUACACAAGCACUAUCAGAUACACACAUCCGUAUUUUUCUGAUAGUAAAAGCAUAGUGAAACAAAAGUCAGACACUCUGA